AUGAUCUCAGCAUGCUGUUUUCAAAGCGCCCACUUACUGCUUCGGCCCCAGCGGUCAGGGUUCAAGUCCCUAUCCCUCGCCGGCCUUUCUCUGAAAGGUCCGUGGCUAACUUGGUCCACACCCCCUCCUACACGAGCAGGUCCCGUUGAACGAAGAACGGAAUCAGGCCGCUCGCCCUCGAUACUGCUCGGUGCCAAUGAACGAAGAUUGGACCAACGCCAGCAGUCCCCUAUCCGCCCCCUACGAAUCGUCAGAAUCGACCCUACUUUCGGAAAGGGAAAGCAAAAGAAGCUGUUCGGUGCCGGUGAAACAAGACCGGACACACGCCAACAGAAAACUAGCCUCCCCAGUCACUUCGUCAAGCUCGAUUCUCCGUUCAAAAAGGGAAAGGAUACCAAGUUGCCUGGUGCCGAUGAACAAAGAUCGGAAGAACGCCAGCAGCAACCCACUGUCCACAAGCGAACCGUAAGACUACCUUACCUCCAUGUCGGCGGAAAGAAAGAUACGAAGUUGUUCGGUGCCGAUGAAAGAAGAUCGGAGCCACGCCAGCAACAACAAUCACAACCCCCGAGAACCCCGACAACCAAAGGUCCUGUCGAACGAAGACUGGAGACAGUGUCAUCGCCCUCGAAGCUUUCUGGUGCCAGUGAAACAAGACGGGAGCAACGCCAACCGAAAGCUGAAGAGGACCCCUUCGUCGACAAGAGAACGCAAUCAAGCCGCAAGAAUCACGCGGGUGCCAGUGCACAACGACUGGAGGAUGGCCCGCCUCCCUCCAGCUCCAGAUGCGGUGGCGCCUGUGUGAAGGUAAAGGCUAUGAUCGGUGCCUUCCAUUGUCCGCAUCAAGUUUCUCCAUCCAGGAUGAAGAACGGCAAUCCAAUCGUGCGGAUCACGGUACCAAGCAAGAAAGCGACAGAGGAAGAUGCCCGAUGGAGAGAGCUUGAACGCCGCUGGAAAGCGAUCAAGACAUCCAACGGCAUGUCCAACGUCGUUCCCUGGCCCGGCCAAAUGACAAUGAUAGCUGCCCAGCGUCACCAGCGCGCGCUCGCAAACGCCAGUCGACAGGGUCCAUUCUCGCCGCCGUCUGCUGCCCAGAAGCGUCUACCGGCCCCGGCCCUCAACGCUCCCGUCAACCGCCCAGCAGACGCGCAGUACGACCCCGUCUUCGGCGUCCCCUUCCGCAACCCCGACCUCGACGACAAGCCCGUCGUCUGGGAUCCGGCGCGCUUCAAGCGGACCUACGGACCCGAGCCCGACAAGUACAACUGGACCUGGUCUACCUGGGACGGUCCCUCGGAGUCCUCGGAGGAAUGCGAUUCGUCGGCUCGACCCUUGCGAGACGUUCAGUCUGACAUCAGUGCUCCCCUGUUCGCUGGAGAACCUGACAGCAGUCUGGACACCGAAGUGCUGCAGCGGUUCGAGGAGGCCAUGGGCGAUGCCUUUCGCGAGGUCAUGUCCGGGCUUGCCCAGCCAACCCCUGAACAGCUCAACCUACAGUCGGUUCCGACCGACCCAGCACUUCGGCGCGAGUCUUCGUCGAGCUUGGUUUCGACUAUCAUAAUGACACUGUCUACGUCAUCCGAUGCGUCGGUGCGUAUCACGAUGUCGGGAUCGAGCUCGAGCUCGAGGUCGCCCGUCAAUGACAACGAGCAGCCGUCAUCACCAGAACCAAGCGCCAUGAUGGACAGGAUACCAGCGCGCGACUUGAGAGAGGAGCCCAAUAACGCAGAUUCCUGCACAGACAGCAGAGCUGUCGUCCCAAACGGAGAGGCUGACGAGGCCGACAUUGUCAAGCCCUCGGUACCUCCGCCGCCCCCGCCUCCGCCCGUUCCGACAGCUUCCCCUGAUGAGUCCUCUCCUCCAAAGCGUCGCGUUGUGCACAUUCGACCACAUCAAUAUGGCUUGCCGAAACAGCCCGCUCCUGCGGCUAGCCAAGAUGUCUAA